AUGGACAGGUCCCCUUCCCCUGAGGGCUCAGAGUUUGCCGGAAAUGCCUUUGAUCUCCUUGCUGAUAGACCCGAUGUCUGUCCCCCUGCCUCUGAUUCAGAUUAUCAGUUGCCUGGUGAUGUCGCUUCUCAGCAGCUUUCUUCCGAUCAGCCUUGCAACCUUGGGGUAGUGAGCCAGCCUGUGAGUCCAGCCAGCGCUCGUGUGCAAGGUUCAAACUUUAAUGCAGGACCAAAGCGCGGGGUCCCAAAUGCUCAAGAAGCUCCCCUUGGGACUUCACCUUCCGCGAGGGGUGGUUCUUUCGACUCUAGUGAUUAUAGGAAUCUUCUGCGUUUUUCUCACGGCAGCCUGCGAGACGAGCUUCCAAAGCUCCCCUGGGACGAAGGGUUCUGGGGUGACUUCUUCCAGCCUGCUUCCUCGCUUGAGUCACACUUGGCCCUCCCUAAGUUCGCGCGUUUUACCCCACCGGUAGAAUUCUUGAAGGAAGCUUCGGAGAAUUGCAGCCAGUCUGAGUCCAAACGAGCCCGCAAGGUUGUCAAGGUCACUUUCGAGCGUGUGGUGCUCAACCGAACCACAAUCUCAUGGAGGGAUCAGAGGGAAGCCGAUCAUUGCCGAGCUCUUGUCAAGUGGUGUAGGAUUUUUGAAAGUUGGGACGUCGAGGUUACAGCCGUAUCCCAACAGCUUCGCGAGGCUGCCUCACCCGAAGCUUGCCAGGAGAUGCUUGGUGAUUACCUGUCGCGCAAGGCGCCCAGCACAUGCCUCAAGAGGGCAAACAGCAUGUUGAGGCUUUGCAAAUACGUCUCUUCAAACGGGCAUACCAUGCCUGUGCCCGAGCCUAUGCUUUACGGGACCCUCCGUUCCUGUAAAUCUGGGGGUGCAUCUUUGUCAGAGCUGAGAGGGAUCAUGGAGUCUAUCACUUUUGUGCACUACACUUUUGAUGUGGCUUGCCUGCUAACAUGUGUCAAAAGUAAGAGAUGCUGGGGCCUUUCCUCAGCGAAGCAGGCAACGCUGGCAGACAAGGCAGAUCCCUUCACGGUCGAAGACAUGCUUGAAUUGCACAGAAUCCUCAACGAUGGGGAUGACCUAUGGGAUCGCCUCAUGAGUGGGGUUUCUCUGGCUUGCAUAUACUCCAGGUGUAGAUGGUCUGACAUUCAGCACAUUGACUCCAUGACCCUGGAGUUCGACGAUCAAGGUUUUGCCGAGUUCGGCUCAGCUCUCAUCGGGGUACACAAGACUAUGAAUUUUUCUUCAAAGUUACCCAAGUGCAUGGAGAUCAUAGCUGUUGGCCGUGGUCUCGAUGGGUCAGACUGGCUCAGCACUUUCAUGAGCGCGGGCGCUUGGCUCAGGGAACUAUUACCCGGUCGUGCGGGCCUUCGCACGACGUCGCACAGCUUGAAGGCCACACUCUUGUCUUUUGCGGCGAAGAGGGGCUUCGCUCACCUUGACAGGCUCCUGGCCGGAAUGCUCUCAGAGAUUAGGUCCGGGAGAUUUUGUCCGGACUCAGGUCGGGCGGCUCGUUUCCCAGGCCGAACAAACGAGGAGCUGAUUGGAACAGAGCUCCCCACAGGGGCCGGCGUCACUCGUGACGUUGGGGUCGAUGUGCCGAUCCCAGAUGACGUCAAAUCGCAGAGAACAUUGUCUUCCAGCAAGCCCGAUUCAGCGCCUGCACGUUGCGAGGAGGUUCGUAGUGCCGGGGAUAGUGGUUCAGGCAACAUCUCCAGCUUCUCUCAGUGGGACAUCAUACCCGCUGCUUCGGUCCCCCUGACUGCGAGAGACGAGCCUCUUUCGCCGGGGGGCCUGGACAUGUCAACAGAUGAUCAUGCAAGUGAUAAGUCGGGCUCAACCGAGCCCCCAAGCCCAGACUUCCCUGACGGGGUCCCUGACUUGCUUGAGUCAGGGGAACCAGACGAGCUUCAAGGUCCCGUGCAGGUUCCCCAAGAUAUAUCCGAAGUUGACCCAGACGGCGGUGUCUCCUCGAGUGGGGACACUUCUUCAGAUAGCUCCUCUUCUGAGUCUUCUCAAGAGGAGGAACCCCGUCCUAGGUUGAUGCCACCGCCGAUUGCUCCAGCAGGGACCUUCUUUGUGCAGCAUCGAAAGCUCAGGUGCAAGGAAAUCACAGGAGAUGAUGAAUUGCUCAUCUUGUUGCAAGCUGCAGGGGUUCGCACCCAUUCGGGUCUUGCUUUCAGCUGUGGCACUCCGAAGACUCAGCCAACCGAUGUUGAAUUCAAAGCCUUUGCAGAGUCGGUUGUCGGUAGCCCUGCGUCCAUAGGCCGGGUGAGCGAGCUUAAGAGAUUGCACUUUGAGUCGUCCACGCUCGUCAUUGCCCAACUUCGUACGCUGGUGGAAGGGGACUCUUCUGAUUCAGGGAAGAAGUUGCCAGCAGCCGAGAAAGCGGCUUGCCUGGCCGAUGCCAAGCGCCGCUUGGCGGGACUCGUCAUCGAGGACGAGAUGGAGCCCAGCCAUGCCCUCAUAGAUGCUGUCGCUCACAUGGGAGAGUCCAACUCAAUUGUCUGGAUCCCUCCUUCGAAAUGCACCAAGCGUGAUUCGGAGCUCAAAUUGGGGCUCAGGGAUCAACAAAAGUACUUGACCGUCCAGGAACAAGCUGUGACCCUUGCGCCGGCCCCAGACAAGCUCACUGCAGAGCAUGGCACCCCUCUUGAGGUUCAGUGGUGCUUACAGCGACGGGGCUUAGCUUUCUUUAUGUGUGGCUUCCUGGAGUGGGAGACUCACGAGAAGUGGGUGGCAUCCUUGUUGCGCUGCCUUUCAGCCGAUGUCCCCCCAGGUUACUCACCCAUCAGCAUGCAACAGAUUCUUCGUGCUGACUCCGAGCUUUUCCUUCAUUUGGCCCGCGAAGUCAAGCGUGUUAAACCAGACAGUGCGGGUGUCAUGGAGAUGGAUGUCCUCAUGAACAGGCUUAAAGCCCCGGUCAAGGCGGGCAACCUUCCCGAGGAGCUGAAGCUGUGCCCGUACCAGACUGAUGCAGCGGGCCAUCGUGCGACUGCUGACAUGGCAUGUUCCACGUUCACCUUCAGCUUUAGCCGUGUUCCCGAGACUUCCGCCGGGAGUGCCCUGUCGCAUCCAGGUGAGGUUCUCGCUGCACGCCUUCUUGCGAGUGGCAGCGGCACAUCCGAUCAAUUGCUUGAGCUCGCAAAAUUGCUGCCAAGCGAAACUCCGACCAAGAGUGAUGGUUCCGUCCCAGUUGGACGUGCCUUUACCACGGGCACCUACUAUCAUUGUGGGACCGUGGGUUUGCGACACAAUGUAAGGGGCUUCCCCUUUACUUCAUGUCUCCUUGCAUCCCUGGCAAGGUUGCAUUUUCCUGAUUUGCAUUUCACAAGUGUUGGCAUUUUUCUUGACGUGAAAACCCGCCGGCACCGCGACUUGCGGAAUCUUCCCGGGUCCUUGAAUGGAGUCGCGCCCCUCUGCCAGUUCAGAGGCGGCGAGGUCAGAGUGCAUCACGCAGCCGGUCCCGAGGACUUGCCUGUGUCUGCGGGACCCAUUUCAUUUGAUGCCAAGAUCGAGCACGAGACUCUGCCUUGGUCAUCAGGCCAUAGGCUCGUCCUUGUCGUCUUCAGCACUUAUGGAAUUUCUAAGCUUUCCAUUUCCGACCUGAACACAUUGCAAAAUUUAGGCUUCGUGAUUCCGGGUUUUCCUGCUGUCGACUCUGCUUCCCCAGCAUCUGUGACUUCUCAGGGUCACACUACUUCUGCAGCUUCGAACGAUGUCUCAGGUGUUGUGCUGGACGUCUUUGCUGCUGAUGCAGCUUUUUGCAAAGCAGCCCAUAAAGCGGGCUUUCAUGCCCUUGCCUUCGACCUUAAGCCCCAGCGUGCCCAAUUCCCGAUCCAAGCCCUGGACAUCACAAAGGACGAUGAGCGAACGGUGAUCAUGGAUGUGAUCUCCGAACAUGCCAGCACCUUGGCAAUGGUGCAAUUCACGAUCCCUUGCUUGAGUUCGUUCUUCACGGAUGUCAGUGGGUCUUGGGACUUUGCGCUGCGCUUGGUAACAUCAGUCUUCAUAGUGUGCCAACUUUGUCACUCGCUUGGUGUGCCCUUCGCCAUCCUGCACCCGGCCACCUCCCGCUUCUGGCAUACGCCCGCUUGCACCACAUUCUUGGAUUCAGUGGGCGGACACUGGUGCACUUUCGAUCAAUGCAUGCAUGGCGGCGCUCAGGACCGUCGCGCUUUUUGGUGGUCGUCAACGGACGUCUUCACACGCCUGCAGGCCACUUGCUCUAAGGACCACAAACAUGGUGCCCAGCCAAAGUCAGCUUCGCAAUGGCCUCAUCUUCUUUGGGAUCGCGCCGUUGAACUCCUUUGUCAAAGAGCCGGCUUCGCUGCUUACAAUCACACUCUUUUCGGCCCUCCUGGCAAAGCCCUUCGGCCGGCCAUGAACAAGCAGUCUCGCAAGGCUCGCCCCUUGGUCAGUGAAUUCUGCGCUUAUGAUGCUUGGGCGGCCCUUGAAGUCAUUUGGGUUGGGAUUCCCCGUGAACCUGAAGACUUCUUGCAACGUGCGGUGGCGGCUGGCCAUCCCAAGGCUCUGCUCGAUGUGGAAACCGAUCCUCAGAUGACUAUGCUCAUCGACAACCUGCUGGGGAGCGGAGUUUCCCAACCUGGCAAAGGGCUCGAUGAGGUUCGCCGUUGGGAGGAAGUCCACGCCGAACUUGAAUCCUCCCAAGCAUCUUGCAAGAAGACAUGGCCGGAUCACGUGUCACAGGUCCUGGCUGACAAGCCCACCCUGCUGAUGGAACAUUUGCUUGCUGAGUACGAUUUCCCAGACCGUCUCCUUGUAAAGCACAUGACCCAGGGCUUUAAACUUUCGGGUUGGGUUUGUAGGUCUCGUAAUGCGGCUACCCUCAAGAAGCUUGAAAAACAGGCUUCGGACGAAGUCACUAAACGGGCUUGGUCUGAAACACUCGAGGAGGUGGCAAAAGGCUGGAUUGAGGAAGACGAGGACCCCGACCUUUCUGCGACUUUGGUAGCGAAGAGGUUCGGCCUCGCCCAGGGCCUUAAGACAAGGGUCAUUGACGAUUGCAAAGCUUGCGCCUUUAAUUUGUUGACGGGCAUCCCCGAAAAAUACCGCCUCCAGGGUGUCGAGUACCUCGCGGCAUUCUUGCUGCGAGCCAUGCUUGACCCCCGCAGCCGAGGAGCCAGAGUUUCCGGGAGGACCCUAGACUUAACUUCGGCGUAUAAGCAAUAUGCCGUUAACUCUUUAGACAGGGACACGCUUCGUAUCGGGGUGAAAGACACAGACACGGGCCGUGUCCGAACGUACAAGGUGAAUUCAUUGCCCUUUGGGGCGACAGCCAGCGUUUCGAGCUUUUUGAGGUGCGCUGCGGCUACUUGGUUCUUGGGAUCCCACGCCCUAGGGAUCCCUUGGACCUCGUACUUCGAUGAUUUUCCGCUUUUCUCGUUGGACGAGAAUUGCGAGGUCACUGAUCAUGUCGCGACCUCUUUCCUUGAUUUGCUUCGAAUUUACUUUGCGAAGGAGGGCCGUAAAGCAACUGUGUUUGGGAAAUCCUUCAAGGCACUAGGCCUCGUCAUCGACCUUAGCCACUUUGGCGAAGGCUAUGUGACAAUUGGCCACACUCCUGAGCGAGGUGAGGAGUUGCGCUCUACGAUUGCCAAUAUCCUUGAAGCCGAUCGCUUGUCGCAUGCAGAAGCUGAGAGCCUCCGAGGCCGGCUUCACUGGUACACCUCUUUCCUCUUUGGGCGGAGGUCAGCGCAAGCCUUGAACGUUUUGAGCGACUGGGUAAAUCGUGGCACCUCGAAGUGCACUCUGUCUGAUGACUUGAGAGACUCCCUCAAGUUGCUGCGAGACGUUUCUCUUCACUCUGAACCCCUUAAGAUCUCAGGAGAUUUGCGACGAUCUUUUCUUGUUUUUACAGACGGUAGCCUGGAAGGCGACUUCGCUUGCGUGGGUGGCAUCUUGCACGACAGCCACGGCACUCCCAUGGCUUUCUUUUCGAUAACCCUGGAUGCCACAGCAGUAGAGAGGCUUUAUGCUCACUCAGCACACCCCAUUUAUGAAAUCGAGCUCCUAGCGAUGUGGACCGCCCUGAAACUUUGGGAUUCCCACAUCCGUGACAGUUACUCGGUUUUUUAUUUGGAUAAUGAGGCUGCACGUGGCGCCCUGAUCUCUGGCAGAUCAUCGACCCUUACUGGCAGCGCAAUCCUUGAAUCCUUCAUGUCUUUGGAGGAUGCAUCUUUGUGCAGACCGUGGUUUGGGCGAGUGCCCACACACAGCAACUGCGCCGACGAGCCAAGUCGUGGCUCUUUUCAACACCUUGUGAGGCAAGGGGUUCGCAGAGACUCUCUGUGUGACGUGUGGCCCUUCUGA